AUGAAAUUGAAAUGCCAUAAUUUGACAAUUUAUAACAUAGCCAAAGGAGAGUGCAGUAAUUAUUGGUGGCACGAAGGGGAAGCUGAUUUGGAGGCUUCAGUGUUUGCCACAAUUUUAAUUAAACACUUGAUCAGAAAGUGUACUGAAAACCUGCCUAUAAUAAUAUAUUCUGAUGGCUGCGGAUAUCAAAAUAGAAAGUGUGUGAUGUCUAAUGCUCUUCUUCGGUAUUCAAUUGCUAAAAAUGUGGUAAUUGAACAAAAAUUAUUGAUAAAAGGUCACACCCAAAUGGAGUGUGACUCUGCACACUCACUCAUUGAAAGAAAGUUGAAAAACAAAGACAUCUAUCUUCCUUCUGAUUAUAUUAGGAUUACCACUGAGGCUCGUGUUAAACCAUAUCCAUUUGAAGCAUUUUUAUUGACUCACAGUUAUUUCUAUGAUUUUAAAAACUUAAAACCUACACUUCAAUUAGACCUGGAAUUGGUAAAGGUGAGCCUGAGGUCAAAGAUAUCCGUGCUUUACAGUAUGAUCCAUCUACUUCUAGUAUUAGUUAUAAGCUGUUGUUCGAUGAACCAUACUGUACUAUAA